AUGCCUAGGUAUGGGAGGGAAAUACUUUCUCGGAUGCUUACGGUUUUAGGAUUUGGAAUGAAUGUGAUGACUAUUGUUAUAAUUGCUUUGCUUGCAAUUACUCGGAGUAAUGCCAGUCGAAUUCACAGGGUAGGAGCAUCUGUGUCAUUUAUGGACCUGGUUUUGCUUGUGAAGAAAGAACUUCAUGAAGACUUUAUUGUAUAUCAUGAGUGGCUUUUCAGAAGUUCUCAAUUGAUAGUUUGGGUCAUGAAAUGCCUUAAAGAGAGUUCUGUUGUUUUGUUGGAUGUCGUGUUUAGCAUGUCCAUCAACAUUAUCAGGAUAAAACGGGAAUCUGCCAAGAGCAGUUCAUUGGAAGAUCAACUUCUUUCUGUCAACACAGACAUCGAGGAGGGUUUUCAUGGGGACUUUGGAAAUGCUAUGAGCUAUUGGGAUCACAUGACAUUCAAAACUAUCACUUCUGUGAUGAAUCAUGGAGUCAUAAAGCAGCUUGGCUUUGAGGAUUUACUUUCGCUACCUAGUGACAUGGAACCUUCUUCCUGUCAUGAUAAAUUGUUAAGCUGCUGGAGAGUUCAGCAGAGUAGCUCUAACCCCUUCUUCUUUAAAGCAAUCUGUUGUGCAUACGGAUGGCCAUAUCUUCGUCUUGGUCUGUUAAAGGUAAUUUAA